AUGAAUUUUGAACACUACAGCGAAGUGAACUUGAGCGAAGGAAGUCACUCCAGACAGCGCUUACGUGAACGUGCGUUGUUGCAGCAAGACUCGCCAAUGCACCGAGGCAACAAACCUCAUCAAAGUUUGCAAGAGUUCACCAGAUCCAACAAACACGUUUCAACAUUUAGCAACAUUGCCUAUAGACAAGAUAUUUGCAGUGCUAAUAUGACUCGCAACAGUCUGAUGAAUUAUCGUAAAAACAUCGGUUUGCAUGAGAGGCAGCAGCAGUCAAGUGUAAAUAAAAGUUUUAAAAAGAGGAAACUAUCUGGCAAGGACUCAUCAGAAGUACCGUUCACAAUCAGUGGUGACAGUGAUAAUUAUAUCGAUAACAAAAGUUGUUACAACGCGUCGCAAUAUUCAUUUCAAAGUCAGCAUCAGCUCCACAGUCAUCGUCGCCAUCGACAUCCCUCACCUCAUCCCAACUGCUGCUACACCGACAAUGAAGAACGUGGGAAGGUUAUAUUGAAAUCUAUCACCUCGAUUAAUAAUGCUGAUGCAAGAAAUCGGUCCUCCAUCUGCGACAACACCUUGGACGACAUCAGAGACCACAAAGGGAUCAGUCGCAGGUCUAGCCAAUCAAAAUUCAUUAGGAGAUGUAGCAGCGUCAUUUCAUUUCGACAACUUCUGGCAAGUGCUAGUGAGACAGAUAAUGACAGCAAAAUGAAUGAUACAAGUAUGAUGCCGAACGACAAUGACAACAAAAAUUGUAGUCCCAAGAAUCCACUCGAGAACACUGGAAAACUGCGAACUGGAGAAAUUUUGGCAAGGCUGGACAUGAUGAGAAAAAAUUUAGCUGACAAUUGUUUGCAGAAAUUUGGCAGACAUUGCAUUCCAUUGAUGAAAACAUUGAACAAGGACAUCAUCUACGACAAUGUAUUGGAAGCCUCUAUGGGUCUCACUAAAAACAACAACAUGAAGCAACCAAGUUUUGUGAAACGUCUUCUACUUUCCAAACAACUCACCAACGUUAAAAAUGGUUUCUACGUCUCUUGCAUGCUCCAAUCAGCUGGAAAAGUGUUAGUGACGUCACACAAUAUGCUUCCAACUGUAAGGGUUGAUUUGGACAACGUGUCUGACUUGGAGUCCCAUUUCUAUUGGCUGAUGAAAGUUACAAGUGAUUGGUCCCUGAUGAGAAAUUUGAAACAAGUGAUGAAGAGCGAAUUAACAAGCUGCAAGAAAUUAGAACCAAACAUCUUUCACGAAAAAUACGCCAUUUUGAGAGCUGUCAACGUUUUGCAAAAGAUAACUGGAAUUGAGAAGUUGGGUCAUCUGCACACCAACAUCGUGAAAGGAACAAAUUACAGCGUCUUUAUGUUCAUCGACAACGACAUCAACGCUGAAUCAAAAUCUUCCACACCAUCUCUUACUUCAUCACCAGUUUCAUCAUCAUUUUUAUCGACACUGAAAUGGAUGUCAUUAGACAAGUUAUCUUCAUCACCAGUGUCAAACAAACAACUGAAAACUAAUGGAGUGUUGAACGAUCUAACCAGCAACUGCAAGGAACUUUUAACGGAGUCCAAAAAUUUGAACGAACAACUGAAGGAUGGAGUGUACAUAAGCUAUCUCUACAUGACUUGUCACUUGCAACACGGAUUGCAGGUUCUCGUCUCCAAAGAUACCCCCAACAACUUUCCAUCCAUCAGAAUGAACGAUGACCACAACAGUAGCAGUGGAACAUCGACGACGAACAAUUGUGCAAACAUCUUGAAUGAACUGAAAAGUAGAAAUUUUGAAGCUAUCGACGAUAAUUUUAAAAGCACAAUGUUUUCUACCAUGCCUCAGUUCGAUGAUGUAACAUUCGCACAGCUACCAAUUACCCCAGAAACAUCACCAGCAUCAUCUCCAUCAUCGGCAACACAGCAAACAAACAGAGGCACAUUUGAUGAUGGAGUCGCUCUUUCCAACCGUCUACAUACAUCCAUCAUACCUCUCAACGACCAAGUUAAAAUGAUACUGCUUGCUCCUCCCCAGUCUCUCUUCUGUCCCCUCAUCAACCACACUCCUGUAGCACCACUGCCCUCUUCCUUCUUCCUACCUCUGCGUGCCUUUGAAUCGAUCCAGCUGAGAACAUACCAACCGCAAAUCUUCCAAAAAUAUUGUCAAGUGUCCGUCAUUAUGGAAAUGGCUGUUGAAAUAUACAGAAACCGCAAGGCUGUCCUGUAUGCAGGAAGCAAACAUUCCCAGGAAGAAUACACGUCAGAACUUGCAUCGGUGAAUUUGAUGUUGAGUGAAUUGAAGAAGGACAUGGAGGAAACAUGGAAGAAGUAUCGAUGGAUUGGAGAUCUCAUCAGCCAAGCCCGUUUACCUGUCUCUGAAAACUUCAUCAGCCUGCAUCAGUUUUUGUAA